CCGCCUUGUGCAACACAUCCUCUGUUCUGCGGUAAAGAUGGCGGCGUCAGAGGGGGCGCGUAGCGGCCGGACAACGGCAAAAAGGUGCUGAAAAGCUCCGCAUUUGUCCGAAUCUCGCUCUUCCAGAACAAUUUGUAAAUACUCGGAUACUAUCUGGAUCGCCGGGAUAAAGACAGACAGUGUCAUACGCCGGGUUAGUGAUUUUAUUGUUGAGGCAGGGUGGGUGGGUUUCUGUGAUAGCUGCUAACGUUAGCGAACAGGCUAGCUAAACAGGCUAAUACGGGCUAGUUAGCUCGGUGAGGGAGUGUGAGGAGGGGACUGAAGGAGACUGUUCGGGCCAGGCCGCUCCAGCUUGAAGGAAUGUGAACCAGAGGUGCGCAGGGGGGUUUGCUCGCUUCGUCCCAGACAUCCUUACACCUAACUACCGGGAUGGGACAGCAGGUAGGCCGCGUCGGUGAGGGCACAUCGACCGGACUCCAGCCACCACAGCCCCACGCUCCCCAACCGCACCAAGGGAAGGGGAACCGGGGGAGCGGCGCCGGGAGGAGACCCCGAGAACCCGGCAGUAGCACCGGGACACCGCCAGGAAGGACUGCUGCAGUAAACGUGCCCGACCCAGGGAUCAAUAUAUUCGUGCAGCAUUCAGAAGCUCUCCACCGACCGUUCGGCCUGGACUCUGCGGCGCUGACUGAGGCGGUGCGCUGGAGCUCCAAAGAAAACCUACUCGGGGCGGCCGAGAGCGACCCAAACCUGUUCGUUGCACUUUAUGACUUUGUGGCCAGUGGCGACAACACGCUAAGCAUCACCAAAGGUGAGAAGCUGCGUGUGCUUGGCUACAACCAGAAUGGAGAGUGGAGUGAGGUGCGCUCUAAGAACGGCCAGGGUUGGGUGCCCUCCAACUACAUCACGCCAGUCAACAGUCUGGAGAAGCACAGCUGGUACCAUGGGCCUGUGUCACGCAGUGCCGCAGAGUACCUGCUCUCCUCCCUCAUCAACGGCAGUUUUCUUGUCCGGGAAAGCGAGAGCAGCCCUGGGCAGCUGUCGAUUUCUCUGCGCUACGAGGGGAGGGUCUACCACUAUCGGAUCAACACAGCCUCUGAUGGAAAGGUGUAUGUGACUUCUGAGAGCCGUUUCGCCACCCUAGCUGAGCUGGUCCACCACCACUCCACCGUAGCUGACGGCCUGGUCACCACCCUGCACUACCCAGCACCCAAAUGUAACAAGCCCACAGUGUACGGUGUUUCACCCAUACACGACAAGUGGGAGAUGGAGCGCACAGACAUCACCAUGAAGCACAAGCUGGGAGGAGGGCAGUAUGGGGAGGUGUAUGUGGGAGUGUGGAAAAAAUACAACCUCACUGUGGCUGUGAAAACACUCAAGGAGGACACCAUGGAGGUUGAGGAGUUUCUAAAAGAGGCAGCAGUCAUGAAGGAGGUGAAACAUCCAAACCUUGUUCAGCUGCUAGGUGUGUGUACGCUGGAGCCACCUUUCUACAUUGUGACCGAGUAUAUGCCUCAUGGCAACCUACUGGACUACUUGAGAGAUUGUGACAAAGAGGAGGUGAAUGCUGUGGUGCUGCUAUACAUGGCCACACAGAUCUCCUCUGCUAUGGAAUACCUGGAGAAGAAGAACUUCAUACACAGGGAUCUUGCAGCAAGGAACUGCCUGGUUGGGGAGAAUCACGUUGUGAAGGUUGCAGACUUUGGCCUGAGCAGGUUGAUGACUGGCGACACCUACACUGCCCACGCUGGGGCAAAGUUCCCCAUCAAAUGGACUGCGCCGGAGAGCCUCGCAUAUAACACCUUCUCCAUCAAGUCUGAUGUCUGGGCAUUUGGAGUGCUGCUGUGGGAAAUUGCCACCUAUGGCAUGUCUCCAUACCCUGGUAUUGACCUGUCUCAAGUGUAUGACCUCCUUGAAAAAGGUUAUCGCAUGGAACAGCCUGAGGGAUGCCCACCCAAAGUCUAUGAACUCAUGAGAGCAUGCUGGCAAUGGAGUCCACUGGACAGACCCUCAUUUGCAGAAAUACACCAAGCCUUUGAAACAAUGUUCCAUGACUCAAGCAUCUCUGAAGAGGUAGCAGAGGAGCUCUGUAAGACGGCCUCCUCAGGUCACUGCGGACCCCUGCACUCUUUCAGUCACGACAUGCCCCUGUUGCCUUCCAAAUCCCGCACACCCCACAAGCACACAGAAAACAAGGAAAACAUCGAGGGUGGACUCGACGGACGGUCCGACCACGGCACACACGGUCAUUCAGGCUGGGCGUCUACAUUAUUAGGCGGGGAGGGUCGAUCAGGCAGCUCCCCGGCACUGCCCAGGAAACAACAGCCGCGAGACAAGUCCCCCGCCUGCCUUUUAGAAGAUUCGCAAGAUAUGGGCACGUUUACACGAGACCGCAAGACUGGCUUUUUUAGCUCCUUCAUAAAGAAGAAGUCUUCCUCUUCUUCCUCCUCUCCUUCCUCUCAGCUCCAACAGAACCUCCCAACGCCACCAAAGAGGAGCAGUUCUUUCCGUGAGAUGGAGACACAGCCUCAUAAAAAAUACGAGCCUACUGCUGAUUUCAGUGCUCCACUUCCUCUGCCCCAGUCGGACAGUCUCGGUGGCUUCUCUGCUUCUCCCUCUCACUCUCACGGAGAACCCACCCAGGGUCAGUCACGCUGCUGUGGGGCUGCUUUUGGACAGAAACCCUCAGGUGGGGGGAUUGGGUCACAGGUGUCUACCGGCAGCAGUUGGAGUGGGUUGGCUGGUUUUUUCACACCUAGACUUAUCAAAAAGACCCUGGGGCUACGGACAGGAAAGACAGCCUCUUCAGAGGAGGGUGGAAGUAUAGCUGGAGGGCCUAAACCCUUCCCUAGGUCCAAUUCUACCUCCUCUAUGUCAGCCGGGCUGCCAGAUCUGGAGCGCAUGGCCCUGACGUUACCCAGAAACCGCAGUGCUAAACCCCCUUUGGAGAGGACUGCCUCCACAACCUCCCAGCCAGAGAAUGGAGCCGCACGACCCUCAGAAACUCUCCUGAGGAGGAUGGAUGAGGGCACCGCACAGAUCAGGGAAAGGCCCAAAGCCAAGCUGCUACCCCGAGGCACUGCUGCUGGGGUGAGGGCACCAGGGGUCGGGGGGGAGGUGGGGGAAACGGACAGUCUGUCUCGGGUCAGGGAGGCCAGAGAGGAGGGCGGGGUAGGUUUAGACAGGCAGCAGAGUUGGCCUUCUCCCUCUAAGUCUUCUAGUUCGAGUGCUUCUUCAGCAGGUGCACCCACUCACAACCACAAAGUUCCAGUCCUGAUCUCCCCCACGCUGAAGCACAGCCCGGCUGAUGUGCACCUUGUUGGGUUAGACUCUCAGGGGAACCGUUUCAAACUGCUGUCAGAGCACCAGGCAGAACGGGACAGGCCUCGGCUUGUGAAACCCAAAUGUGCUCCCCCUCCCCCUCCCACACUACGCAGCCUGCAGCACUCCUACAGCGGGGAUGGGGAGGAGCAGGUAGGAGGAGCUCCUGUGGAAGUAAACGGAGACACAUUAAAAGCUCACAGGUCAGGACGGACAUCAGGAGGAGCAACAACGGGAAGACCAUCAGUGCCACCACCACAAGUGCCUCCCGUGUCUUCCUCCUCCUUUUCCCCGUCCUCCACCAACUCCACCAACACGACUCCAACCAAAAUGGCCAACGGAGCCACCACCACUGCCUCCUCCACACACACAGCAGCUUCCAAAGUGGCCCUGCGGAGAACCAGGCAGCAGGCGGAGCGUGUGCCCCUGGAGCGAGUCAGCCGCGAGGCCCUGCUGGAGUGUGCCGAGUGCCUGAGCUGCGCCCUCCAUGCCAGCUCUGAGAGCCCUGCCAGCAGCCAGGUGCUGGAUGCCGGCCACCAGCUGCUCGACUACUGCUCAGGUUAUGUGGACUGCAUCCCUCAAAUGAGGAACAAAUUUGCCUUCCGGGAGGCGGUGGGAAAGCUGGAGCUCAGCCUGCAGGAACUGAGGGCCUCCUCCUCAGGCGGUGGGGGGCUGAGCAGUGUGGGACCCAACACUGUACUGGACAACCUGCACAGCUGUAUUAAAGAGAUUAGUGAUGUGGUGCAGAGGUAGCCACUGUGACACUCAAUGUCACCUCCAACUACCCGAUAGAUUGCUUUUAUUCCCUUUUUUAUGUUUCAGGUUAUCGACUGCUUUUCGGGGGACAACACGAGACAAAUUUCUUAAGUACCUCAGAGAAAUCACUACAAAAUGUAAUCAUUUCAUUGUUUACAAACAGCCAUUUCAUAAAUGCCAGUGUGGACACUAAUUUUGCUCUGACCUGUACAUACUGAGAAAUGUUUUUACCAAACUAAAUGUGGUUUGAGUCACCAUGAAAAGCUUAGACCCUCAUCUCUACCUGGCCUGUUUUUAAUGAAUGUUGAGUGUAACAGAUGUGCGCAGCCAGCCAGGAGAGUUGGAAGUGUCUGAGCUCAUUCUGCUCAUUUGUCAGUCUGUCACAUACUUAAAUAUGGUCUCAGAUUUACUCGAAAUACUAAACUGCUUUCACUAAAUCCCAGCAGUGUUUGAAGUUUAAGUUGAGUGUACUUUGUUUGAAAGUGUAUCACUAAAAUUCUGGAGAACUGAGUGACCAUAAGCCAUUCUGAAGCCACUGUAAUGUAUAAAUGGUUGGAAACAACAUCUGGAUUCAGUAUCAAGGUUAUAGGGUCUCAAUUUAAUACUUUAAUUUUGUGCAGAUGUUUUUUUCAUUUAGUAGGUCGCAUAUGACAGCAUUGUCAGGUAAAUGGACAAAAUUAUGAAUCUGGCCAAACUGCUUGUGCAGCUACAGAUUUCAGGCUAAUUUUUGAGAAUAUUCUUUAGAACCUUGGUUCUCAACUGGUAGGUCGGGACCCACGCAAAGAAGGGAAGAAAACAUUUGGCAAAAAGGCUAUGAUUUAUUUCGAAGGCCAGGUCUCCAUCUUUUUGUUCCAUGAGAUUAUUUUUUUUUUGCUCGGUCUCAAGUUCAAGCUGCCCUUUUUUCAUUGAAACGUCUGGUCAUGAUUGAAAAAUAAAAAAAAAAAAAAGAAAGAAAAAAGAAAAAACUGGCCACGUUUUGCUAUUAAGAAGGGCCCUGUUGCUAAGCCAGUUGAGAACCACUGCUUUAGAAGAAAAACAACGCUUUAGACACUGACAUUCCCACAUGUCCACCCAAGGUGAGACUGUUAAAAAAAGAACUGAAGGGAUCAUUUACAUAAUUUAGAUUUGCGUGCUUUUGAAAAGCGUGUAAAUACGCUCACCUGAGCAUUAAGUUUAAUAGCACCAAAUACAUGUUUAUCAAAGCAGUUUUAUUCCCCACAAAGUAAAUCGAUUAUGGGUGUUUCUUAAUAUAUGCACAUAUUUCCUCGCUUAAGUUGCAUAACUGAUGUUCACAACUUAACAUAGAGCCACAUAAAUGGGGGGAAAUCCCCUUCAGUCCCUAAGGCAUUUCCAUUAAUGUCCAGUCGUCCUUGCACACACUACAUUUCUUUAUAUUUCAUGGAGCAGAACAGAGUUAGGGAAGGGGAGAGCACAGGUAGCUCAUGAGCAGGUGAACUGGGACAGUAUUUCUAUAAGUGUCCUUCUGAGUAUGGACAGUGCUGGAUUCCCUGUAGCCUUUUCAUGGCCUCAGUGCCUCAAACAUUUCAAUGUAUGAACACUGCGUAUGAAAAGCAGAGACCUACUCUACAUGAAUCACACAGUACCAAUCUCUCAACAAACAAACUGCAGUAUGUCUUCAGCACAUGAGCAAUUUGUACAUUAUUUGAUUCUAAGAAAAAUGCUUUUUAGAAUGUCUAUGUAUGAACUUGAAUUUUAAAUUAUUCCUGUUUUUUUUAUUAAAAGCACAGACCUAUUUUGAAAGAAAAGUUAUGUAAAUAUUUGAUUUAUUUCAUAUCCAGGAAACAAAAGAUUUUAUGUGUUGCUUUUAGCAUUAAGAGCAAUGUUUUUGACUGAAGAGAUGUAUUACAAGACUGAGGCUCAUCCACCCAGAUCUGAAUAUCUGCUUAAUGAAUGUAUUUUUCUUCUGUUCUGUAUCCAGUCGAAUGUUCAUCUGCAUGACUCUUUAAUAUCUAAAGGUGCCAUUUAUUUUUAUUAGAUUACUUUUAUGGGCCCAUACUUCUUAUUCUCCUCACAUAACGUCCAGACACAGCUUCUCUCUUUGUUUGAGCACAAGCAAAACUGUGUACAAAGACACAAAUCAUAGAUUAUCUUUAUUUUCCUCACAUCUAAAUGUACACUGGAUAAGGCCUCAGACACAUUGCUUCUUUGACACAUGUAAUGACACAUGAUAAAUGUAUUCUGUAAACACUGCAGGUCCGUAACAUUUUCAAAAUGCCUGUUAAUGACACUUGAUUGAUUGCCAAGUAAACUUUGUCUUUGGUGAGUUUUA